AUGCUGAUCACCCCUCGAACGUAUUUUGCCUCGCAAACGCCAGAUCAAGGAGCGGCUGUCUCCCGUAAAGAGGGCGCAUCCCACUUCCACACGCUUACUGGGUGGCGUCAGAAUACUGUGGAUAGAGAGCCAGCAGUAGAUAUGCUACUGAUCCACCAAGUUGGCAGCGUGCGCGUGGGUGAUGUUGUCAGAUACACUGUGACAUAUACACCAGCGUCUGAUCCAAUUUUGCCUAUACCAUCUGAACUACACGUCAGGGUCAAAAACACAUCUGCAAUUCCGCUCCGAGCCGCAUACCUCCACGGCCCGUACACUCUUUACGCAGCCUGUUACCCGUCUAAAUUUGACCCCAACAGCAAAUAUGACCGACAAGAAACCGAUGGAGCCCCACAGUUUGAGCCCUACCUCAAGGCAGGGGGCAACUGGGAUGCAACCAUCAAGAUGCCGACAUGCUUUGGGGACUCACACAGUCUCGCUGCUGGUCAAGUAGGACCAAAUGGAGACUUGAGUAUGACCUGGGUGAUUGAGAUCGUGUCCCAGGUGGUAUUUUCGAGUAGUGCAGCAGUCCAUUUUGAAUUGCUGGUUGCCCGUGAUGCUAAAUCUUUGAAUUUUUUCUCAUCCAAUGGAUCAUCGACUGAAAUGGGGCCCCCGGCCAAAGUGUCUGAUCACUGGACCCCCGAGACACAGGGCCAGCAGGUGCUUGCCACGAAUGGGGUGUACUCUAAAUCUAUCACAUUGCACGUUGAUGACACCAGUAGUUUGUGGAACAGUCCCGCUCUACCCUCAAAAACCCAUACUACCGAUAAUCUACCAAAUGCUCAGGCUAAUAGCCGUGGCUCCACAGCAGAACCUCAAUCUGUAGGAGAUGAAACUAAGCUCCCACCCAAAAAACAACAAAAAGAGCGGAUUCAUCUGGUGGUGAUCACCCAUGGAUUGCACAGCAAUCUAGGGGCAGAUAUGCUAUAUCUCAAGGAAAGCAUCGAUGCCGCUGCCAAAAAGCUGAAGGAGCAGACCAAGAGCCGUGAAAGUAAUGAUGCAGAUGAACAGAUUAUUGUUCGCGGCUUUUCGGGCAACGCCGUUCGUACUGAGCGUGGAAUUCAAUAUCUCGGCAAACGAUUGGCAAAAUACAUCCUGUUGAUGACAUAUCCUGAUCAGCCUUAUUUUCCUCUCAAAGGCUCGAAAUCAAAGUUUCCACGUCCUUUCAGUCCUCGAAAUGAACAGCUUAGAUCCUCUCUAGAUCCACUCUCGUCAUCGGCUCAAGGCGAGCAUGGAGAUGAGUACGUGGAAGACCAUGCAUACGAAAUCACCAGCAUCAGCUUCAUCGGGCAUUCCUUGGGUGGACUAGUUCAAACAUACGCAAUCGCAUAUAUUCAAAAACAUUCACCCCAAUUUUUCGAUCACAUCCAACCAAUCAACUUUAUUGCUCUUGCAACGCCCUUUUGGGCCUCAGCAACGAAAACCCCAUUUGGGCGAACCGGACAGGACCUUGGGCUUAGUUGGACAGCUCCGAAGGUACGCAGUGGCUGGGGGGCCAUUAUCGGUGGUCGAGGAGAUCCAUCAAAGGACCAAAGCAAUGUAGAACCGGGCACAAAGCCCCUUCUACGAAUCCUACCUUGUGGACCCGCUCAUGAAGUCCUUCAGAAAUUCCAUCAUCGGACUGUCUACUCCAACGUGGUGAAUGACGGUAUUGUUCCACUCAGAACAUCUAGCCUUUUGUUUCUGGACUGGAGAGGCCUUGACCGUGUUGAGAAGGCGAGAAGAGAUAACGGAAUCGUCGGAACAAUGGCUGAAUGGGGCUGGGCGGAAUUGACUGGGGCAAAUUCAAAGUCACCACGUCUUAAUCGCUCUGAAAUCACGGAUCUGGGCACCGGUGAACAAGCCUUGCAAGAGCAGGCAGAUCUUGCUUUGGAAGAGCCAACCUCUCCAAGCCCAGCUCAAUUCCUCGCCCAUAGCAGGCAUUCCUCGCACCAAACUAGCAACACUGCGGAAACUAGGUCAAAUGAGAAUGUCCCAGGUAGCAACACCUCACCAGGUGCCUUGAGCACUUUCCUCUCCCUCUUUCGCCCAAAGGAGACCAAAAAAUCCCCCAACAGCAAGCAUGCAAGAAUAUACAAACGCAGCCAGACCCUCAGCUCCUUCGACGAUAAUGGAACUAUAAAACCUGCUGUCCGUGGAAAUUCUCUCUUUGAGGAGGAGGGAGGUGUAUAUACACCCCCUAAGACAACAUUCUUUGAAUCAGCCGGUGACUUACUGAUGCCGCCUCUGCCUCCUACCGACUUUAUCCUGGAUCCUACUGCGCGACCUCGCACCAUAUUUCAUGACCGCAUCUACCACCCUGAGGAUAUACCGCCUCCCCUUCCAGUGAAACGGCGCACGUUGGCAUUUGGUCCACUUCAAAACAAGCAUUCAAAGGUAGCGCCUGCUACGGCUACUCCUCUACCAACUAGCUCUGGCUCCAACUCCACGUUAAAUUCCAACGUCAAUGGCGCCCAAAGUGGCCUGAAAGUCGAGGAGAAAAUUGCGCGAGCCUACCAUCGUGAUCUCACUUGGCGCAAGGUACUUGUUCGGCUCGAGCCAGACGCCCACAACAACAUCAUUGUACGGCGCAUGUUCACUAAUGCAUACGGAUGGCCUGUUGUGAAGCACCUUGUCGACGCACAUUUCAGCCACUCCCCUACAGUAGAGAUAGAUGAUGUAUUCAAGGGCAAUGCAGAGAGAGCCAAAUCUCUGGGAAUUGCACCUACCAGCUCUGGAGACGAGAUUGAGGGUGAAGCUGAUAUUGAAGAGAGGGAUUCAAAUAAGAGUGAGUGGACUGUUUCUGAUCCCACAGCUAGCUCAUCCAAGCCUAUUUCGCAUACCUAUACAGAACACCUCGAAGAUGAAUCCUAUGAGGUGGCUAGUAUCAAUGGAAAAUCCCGUUCUCCUGGAGUGUCUAGAGAGAGCUCUGUUCAAUGGACGGAUCGCGAACUCGACGAGGAUGAUGAUUGUGAAUCCGGGCUUGAUGAAGAGGGUGAGGAUGCGGGCUUCCGAUGGUCAACAGCUCCUCGGCCAUAA